AAAAAUCACAUAUCCUCGAUAAUUUAUUCAGAUGUGACGUCUUAAAUGUACUAUAAAUACCAGCAUUGUUGACCAAGAGACCACACUUCGUACGUUACAAUUAACGUAAGUAUGGCUCUAAGUGUGUGGUCCCUUCUAUUAUUCUUCCAACUGACUUUGGUUCUUGGAAAUAACUGGAACUGUGCUAAUUACUACUGGAGGGACUAUUUCGGUACUAUUCCGUACGAUGCUAUCCCAGUUGGAAAAGACCACCAGGGUGACAAUCGAUACAUUGGCUUAGUAUACAACCGUGGCUACGAGCUUCUGCCAGCAAACGUUCUCCCGAAGGAGGGAAUCGCACAAGCGACGGCAUACACCUCUGUCUUAAAUAGUACCGAAUACUUGAAAAUACUGUGUGGUCCUUACAAAAGAGCUUUUGUGUGGUUUCGUGUCGAAAAUCCUAGCACUUUUCACAGUUCUAAUUAUCCUAAUCUUAUUCCUGGGGGUAGUGAAGUAGGAAAAAAAGUAUUCAUUACAAGGGUUUUUUACAAUGGGGAAGCUAUAGUAGGCAAAAUGCAUGAAGGCGGCAACCAAUUAGGAACACCGUUUCCUGUGGGAGAUACUAUUAAGUAUACAUACCCCUAUGAAGUUUUAGGGUACGAUUCUAGUAAACAAGGUAUUCCUUGUUUUAAUAUUAGGACAGGUGUUUCAGAUAAACUAUAAUAGAAUACAAUAAAAUGAAUGUCAUUUUAA